AUGAAGCCGGGCUUGGGAAGGUUCAGUGAGGUGCGGUGGCUGCAGGUACUGUGGCUCUUCAUGCUGUCUUUGUUUCACCGGGCUCUCCCAGACCAGAUCCGCUAUUCAAUUCCCGAGGAGCUGGCCAAGAACUCGGUGGUAGGAAACCUCGCCAAGGAUGUGGGGCUUAGUGUCCGGGACUUGGUGGUCCGGAAGCUGAGGGUUAGCGCAGAGAAGGAAUAUUUCACUGUAAACCCAGAGACCGGGGACUUACUUGUGGGUGACAGAAUAGACCGAGAGCAGAUUUGCGGAAAGCAGCUUCUGUGUAUUCUGGAUUUUGAUACUGUCACUGAAAACCCACUAAAUAUUUUCCAUGUAGCAAUAACUGUGCAAGAUAUAAAUGACAACAUUCCAAUGUUCAAACAGAGUAUGGUUGAUUUAAAAAUUGGGGAAUCCACUAAAGCAGGUACAACAUUUCCUCUAGAUCCAGCCUUGGAUUCGGAUGUUGGUCUUAAUUCACUACAAAGAUACUACCUUAAUGACAACGAGUAUUUUGAUCUCAUCGAGAAACAGACUCCAGAUGGACGUAAAUAUCCUGAGUUGAUUCUGAAACAUUCUCUGGACAGAGAAGAAAAUAAUGUCCACCUAUUAGUCCUCACAGCUGUGGACGGUGGUGACCCACCUCAAAGUGGAACUACCCAAAUACGAAUCCAAGUGACUGAUGCCAAUGAUAACCCUCCAGUGUUCAGCCAAGAUGUAUAUAGGGUCUCUCUACGGGAGGACGUGCCCCCAGGCUCCUCCGUGCUUCAAGUGAUGGCCACCGACCGGGAUGAGGGAGUCAACGCGCACAUCACCUACUCUUUUCAUAAUGUGGAUGAACAAGUGCAACACUUUUUCAAUUUAGAUAAAAUAACAGGAGAAAUCACAACAAAAAAUGAUUUGGAUUUUGAAAUUGCUAAUAGUUAUACUCUGAGUAUAGAAGCAAAAGAUCCUGGAGAUCUAGCAGCCCACUGCAGUAUCCAAAUCGAAAUUCUUGAUGAGAACGAUUGUGCGCCAGAAGUGAUAGUGACUUCAGUAUUUACUCCUCUACCGGAGGAUUCACCUCCAGGAACAGUGAUCGCUUUGAUAAAAACAAGAGACAGAGACUCUGGAGAAAAUGGAGACGUUUACUGUCGCGUCUUGGGAAAUGGCAAGUUUAUUUUGAAAUCUUCCUCAAAGAACUAUUACAAACUAGUGACAGACAGGGCUCUGGACCGGGAGCAGAUCCCAGAAUACAAUGUCACCAUCACAGCCACCGACAGGGGCAAGCCGCCUCUGUCCUCCAGCAUAAGCGUCACUUUUCACAUCUCUGACAUCAAUGAUAAUGCCCCGGUUUUUCACCAGAGUUCCUACUUGGUCCACGUAGCAGAGAACAACCCGCCAGGAGCUUCAAUUGCUCAAGUUAGCGCCUCUGAUCCGGAUUUGGGACCCAAUGGCAGCGUCUCUUACUCCAUCGUAGCCAGCGACUUGGAGCCACGGGACUUACUGUCUUAUGUGUCCGUGAGCGCUCAGAGCGGAGUGGUGUUCGCCCAGCGCGCCUUCGAUCAUGAGCUGCUUCGCGCUUUUGAGCUGACGCUGCAGGCCAGCGACCAGGGCUCACCCGCGCUCAGCGCCAAUGUGAGUCUGCGCGUGUUGGUGGACGACCGCAACGACAACGCGCCGCGGGUGCUGUACCCGGCGCUGGAGCCCGAUGGCUCGGCGCUCUUCGAUAUGGUGCCGCGCGCGGCGGAGCCCGGCUACCUGGUCACCAAGGUGGUGGCGGUGGACGCAGACUCUGGACACAACGCCUGGCUGUCCUACCACGUGCUGCAGGCCAGCGAGCCUGGGCUCUUCAGCCUGGGGCUGCGCACUGGCGAGGUGCGCACCGCGCGUGCCUUGGUCCUCGCGGUGAUUCUGGCUAUUGCUCUGCGCCUGCGACGCUCCUCCAGCCCAGCUGCGUGGAGCUGUUUUCAGCCUGGACUCGGCUCCAAGUCUGGACCUGGAGUUCUCCCCAAUUACAAUGAGGGAACAUUGCCCUAUGCCUACAAUUUGUGUGUUGCCUCACAAUCAGCGAAGACAGAGUUUAAUUUUCUCAAUGUGACUGCGGAAAUGGCUCCUCCUCAGGAUCUCCUCUGUGACAAUGAGUCUUUGCGACCCGGUACAAAUCAUGAAGACACUGGGGCGCCAUUCGACUCGAAUUCUAUUUCAAAGGUGAGUUUUAAUUCAUUUACUUUCACAAAUCGCUUCACUUGGGUAGAAGGCUCCAUUGCAUAUUGUGUUGCCUUGUGA